CUGUUAAGCUGGCUCGCUGGCACAGACUGGUUGGCUGAGAGGCAAAGCGAGAGAGUAGCCAUGGCUAGGCUGGCGGCGCUAUUGCUGUUACCGGUUCUCAUUGAAUCGGCGUUUUCCAUCUCUUUCUUUUUACCGGUUAACUCGAGGAAGUGUUUACGGGAAGAGAUCCACAAAGACGUGCUCGUCACGGGGGAGUAUGAAAUAAGCGAACAGGCGAACACCAAAACGAACCUGAAGAUCACAGAUUCCUCAAGCCACACUCUCUACUCCAAGGAAGAUGCUACCAAAGGGAAGUUUGCAUUCACCACAGAGGACUACGACAUGUUUGAGGUGUGCUUUGAGAGCAAGUCCCCCAUGGGAACUGGGAGGGUGCCAGACCAGUUGGUCAACCUGGACAUGAAGCAUGGUGUGGAGGCCAAAAACUACGAAGAGAUUGCCAAGGUGGAGAAGCUGAAGCCUCUGGAGGUGGAGUUGAGGAGACUAGAGGACCUGUCCGAGUCCAUCGUCAAUGACUUUGCUUACAUGAAGAAAAGAGAGGAAGAGAUGAGAGACACCAAUGAGUCCACCAACACACGCGUGCUGUACUUCAGCAUCUUCUCCAUGUGCUGCCUCAUUGGGCUGGCCACGUGGCAGGUCUUCUAUCUGCGCCGCUUCUUCAAGGCAAAGAAGCUGAUCGAGUAGAGAUCAUCAUCAUGCUCCAGCUCCUUUUUUUUUGUUUUUGGUUUGUUUUUUGGGGGGAGGGCUCGGCCAACAUCCAUUCUGCUUUGGACGGCAGGUUUUAAGCAGGGGGUUCAAAUUGUAUUUUUUCAAGUGGUUGUCCAGUUGUGGGGAGGAGACACACACAAAGAUCGGCCUGCUUGUUUUGUGGUUUGAAACACGAGAGAAGCGCUGUGUGGGGACGAAUGUACUGUGAGACGCAUCAUAGUACGUCACCUUUCCGUCUGCACUCUUUUUGAAUGUUCCAGCUUCCCCAGUCAGAACUUGCUCCUUCUGUCAUGUUUGUUUGCAAACUCCCGUUGAAUGGAUGUGCCAUGAGAAUGUCAUUCGCCCUCCUGUUGAUAAACACUUUGUUUGCCAGUUCCCUGGUGCCCCUUUUUAUCAAGUGAAGGCUAUAUGAACUUGUGGUUUGUUACUUCUUUAAGAACAUUGGCAACCACUAUACUUCUGUGAUAGGUCGUGUCAUUUUUGCAUUUGCGUACAUAUUAUGUAGCCGCGUGUCACUUUUUUUUUUUUCAUACUGUAACUGACCCCUUGUCACAUCUACACCUUUUUUUAUGAAUUAGGUCACAGCUCAUGUAGGUUAAUUUUCUGUUUUCCAAACACCCCUUGAGUAAGUAAUUCAUCAAGUCAUCUGUUUGUAUUUAACAACUAUACAAAGUUGACCGACCGAUCUAAAUGUUUUAUUUAAACACUGGUAAAGGAAAUCUCUUCCCGACCGCAGUACUUGCAGAUCCAUCCAAUGUAUUGGUUUCUUUUCUCUCGCUUCAGGAGUACUUCGGAGGCUUGGUUACAUGGAAAUCGGCAAAGAAGCAGGCAAAAAAAAAUUAAGAUUCUACUCAUAGUUAUCGUUUUAACAGUGAACUUGUGCACUGUGCACAAUCAUUUUUUAUUUUGUUGACAAAUUUUGUAAAGUUGUGUUGGGCUUUUAUUCAAUAAAAUAUUGGAUGGAUUUACAUUAA